GCCGUGAAACUUGAAAGUGUUCAUUCUGCAAGAACAAGGUACUUAGUAGUUGUAUCAAGAAUGGGUACGAGAGGAGAGGAAUCCUGCCUUUUGGGCAUCGACUGCAACGAAAAAACUACUGUUGGUUUAGUCCUCAGGGUCUUGGCUAACACUCAGAUAACGCUGGAUGGAGAUGGAGGUUUCAGCGUGAGCGUCUGUGAUAGACAUCAUAUAUUCAAGCCAGUGUCUGUACAAGCUAUGUGGUCGACGCUACAGACUCUUCAUAAAGUGAGUGCCAAGGCUCGUGAACAAAAUUACUUCCAAGGCGGUUUGACCCAUUCGUGGGUGGAGUACUAUGAAAACCGAAUCGAAUCUGAUCGUUCAUGUCUUAACGAGUGGCACGCCAUGGAUAACUUAGAGUCUAAAAGGCCGCCCUCGCCUGACUCAAUUCGUACCAAGCCAACAGAAAGAGACGAGACUGAAAAAGUAAUACGGUCUACUCUCAAAGAGAUUAUGAUGUCGGUGGACUUGGACGAAGUCACCAGCAAGGUGAUAAGGAGCAGGCUUGAGGAAGAGCUCGACAUGGAUUUAGGAGAAUAUAAGUCUUUCAUUGAUCAAGAAAUGCUGGUCAUUCUAGGUCAGAUGGAUGCCCCCACUAUGAUUUUUGAUCAUGUGUACUUGGGUUCAGAGUGGAACGCGUCCAAUUAUGAAGAAUUACGAAGAAAUGGAGUUGGCCAUAUAUUAAAUGUAACUAGAGAAAUUGAUAAUUUCUUUCCUGGUACAUUUGAUUACCUCAACGUUCGAGUAUACGAUGAUGAAAAAACCGACCUCCUGAAACAUUGGGAUGACACAUACAAAUACAUCACAAAAGUUAAAGAGCAGGGCUCUAAAGUACUUGUUCAUUGCAAAAUGGGUGUCAGCCGAUCAGCAUCAGUUGUCAUAGCAUAUGCCAUGAAAGCAUGUAAUUGGGACUUUAACACAGCUCUUAAACACGUGAAAGAAAAACGAAGUUGUAUAAAGCCAAAUACUAGCUUCCUACUGCAGCUAGAAACCUAUCAAGGUAUUUUAGAUGCAAUGAAAAAUAAAGAGAAACUACAGAGAUCAAAGUCUGAAACUAAUCUCAAAUCGCCGGGAACCAAUGGAAAGAACGAUAAAGUAUCAUUAGGAACUGGUCAACCACCCCCUGUGCGGAUACUAUCCAAAUCUUUUAACAUAGAUAAUACAAUAUCCGGACAAGCUCUAAGAAAUGUAGGAUCUCGUCCAAAAUCGUGGUCUCCAGAUAACUUAUCUACUAGAGAAAUGGUAGAAGCAGCUAAAUCGCCUUUAUCCAUCUCUCUUGAAGACAUCAGUCAAAAGUCUGCAUCGAAAGAGUCAAUCAAGGGUCUUGAGUCAAAAUCGUCUCUUGCCAGACAUGUGUUAAUGCCUUGUGAUAAUGGUGAAACGUACAGUGUCUCGCCAAACCAAAUAGUCCACUUACCUGACACUAAUCCCUGUAGAAGCACCGAGAGGAAAAACUUGGUUCUGGAUCUCGCCAGUCAAUUUGAAAAGGUUGAACAAAAAGCCGAAGAAGUAGUCAGAGGAAGUUACAAUGCAAAUUUUAGUGAUAAAAAUACAAAUAGAGCCGCCGAGAUAAAAAUGGAAACUUGGGAUCCUGGUGAAGUAGCUGAUAGUAAAGUGACCUGUGAAACUUCAAGCGAAACCUGUGAUCAAAAAAAUUUUAGUUUAAGUGAAAAUCGAACUGUGUGGACUUCAUCUACAAUAGUUAAAACUGAAAGUGCUGUGCCCGUUAGCUGUAGUAAUAGUAGUAAUAAUAAUAAUAAUAAUUUAGUUAAAAUUCCAGACAGUAUAAAAUCAAAAACAGUGACACCACUCAGAGAAUGUGAUCCAUUUUCGAAUCAACUCGAUCACGUAUUUGACCGAGAAGAGAAGAAACAGUUACGUAUAUCCACCGUUCCCGUAAUUUCAUCUGGAGGUGGACCUGAGCUCUCUAAUGAAGAAAAGUCCAAACGAGAGAGUCCCUCACGUCAAAGUUCUUGGAGUUCCUAUGACUCUGCUGUUGCUCUAGGAUUCCAAAAUGAACAUUCAGAACUGUCAAGACAUAGUUCUUGGGGCUCAGGAGACACAAGGGCUCUUCCAAGUAGGAACAGUUCUUGGGGUUCCUAUGAUAUGCAGCCAAGAGGUCCAGUUCAUUACGUUAACGAAAAAGGUGAGAAAGUGAUACAUAGCAACUUUGAUUCGACCGAAAGUGGUUUUCCGUUUGACAAGGACGAUCUUCCUUGCCAAACCGGAACGGUUCGAAGGUCUAAACAAAAGAUUCAAGAUAGUUCCUCAAGAAAAACAAGUGGUAGUGAGAGUAGUACUGGUAGCUUUUCUUUGGUGAAGAGCUCAAGUACUGAAACUUUAUUAUUUGAUUUAAUUCCAGAUCUGACAGAAAUCCCGGUGACUAACGUUACAGAUGAGUCUGUCAAGUCUAGUGCCAUAUCGGACAAAAUCGACAUCCCCAAGGACGAGCACAAAUUACCCACGGUCACUGCCAGAUUGUCUAACAGCGCUCCAGAACCUUCUUCAAUGGAAUUGAUCAAGCAGGAUGAAUCUCUGUCACGUUCUGCAUCAAAUGUUUCUUCAAAGGAAGUAUCAGAUUCCGUCAUAAGUAUUGCGCAGUGUUCUUCGGUAAAACAACACAAAACAUUCCUGGAAAAUUUACAUAAUAUCCAUGAUUUCCAGAAUACAAUAAAGAAAACAGAUGAACUGUUAGAUGGUGCAAAUAGUUCGGGUAAAGUUAAAAAUUUGAAAAAGGAAUUUGAAGCCAAAUCGAGCACAAAUACAGACCAAGUCGAUAUACCAGACACUUCUAAAACAAAAGGAAAUAGUUUACCAACGUCCCCUCUUAGCAUCCAUAUAGGUAAAGAGAAAAAAUCGGAGACUAAAAUUAGUUCCAACGACGAUAUUAACUUGAAAAAUUUAAUUGGUAUUUUCGAGAACAACGUAGAUGGCGGCGUUCAGGUAAAUCGUAGACAAAAAUUCAACUUGGCCAACAACAGUAGACCAUUCACCCAAAACAAAAACACUCGAUACUCUUGUAUAGAAGUUUCUGUUGAAAAAACGCCUCGUAUUUUACAGACACCUCUCAUUUCAAAUCUUAAUAAAAAUGGUUCUGUCGUAGAUAAAAGUGAAGACAAGAGACCACCUAUCGUACCCGUCGUAAGGACCUCUUCGCCGGGUCUGAUGGUGGCUGCCACUGUCAUUACGGCCGCUAAGAAAAAGCAACAACAAUAUGGCAAGAGCCAUCCCUUGGCUAGAUUGAACAUCAAACCCAGACACAACAAUCCCAUCUACAAUACUAUGUAA